AUGGAACUGGAGUCAAGUCUCCGAAAACUAGGCUUGAAAAACUGCUUAAUGGAGUCCAAUCCUCACUCUGCUGUUGCUGAUGUUUUUGGAAUAUACAUUCAAAGCAAUCUUGUAAAUACAGUAGCUCAAACAAUCAACAAAGAAAUUUCUGUCCAGCUUUCUUCCAACUUUGUAACUUUUCCGACCCGGUCCGGCACCGCGGACACCGUCAACAACAUAAACAUAAGAAGCAAUGCAGUGAUUGUGACCUUGCUGCUACUCCGGCGGCAGCUGGUGGCGGUAGUGACCAUCAUAGCUACCACUCUCUCUCUCUCCGAAGCUAUCAGGUAG